AUCCGAGUAUUGGGCUUACCACAUACAGGUGCCAAAUCCCGAGUAGAAACGCAGAUAAAGAUAUGCUUGCAAUUGGUCGAUGUUGCAGGGGAUAUGGCAACUACUUGGUCACAUUUAAAGCUUCCCGAACAUCUUGUUGCGAAAGAUAAAUUAAAGCGUAAAAACCAAAAGUAUGGUUCAGAUGAAAAGGCUUCACUUACAGAUGCCCAAGUGUUGACUUUGGAAGCAACUGUCGUCUGUGAUGGUCAGCAAGAUAAUGAAAUCAUCAUGUGCACAAGUUGUGUUCAUCGAGAGCGUAAGCGCUUAAAAAGAAAAAGGGACAACAAGGUGGCUAGAGCAGCUAAUAAGGAAGGCGGGGCAGCUAAACUAGCUGCAUUAUUCGCUAAUGAUUUACCCGACCUUAGCAAUGAAAACAUUAUGGCGGAGGAACGUAGAAGAAUCUUGCUUUUCAACUGUAAUGAAUAUAUCGAAUUCAAUAAUGGUGAAGCGACGCUGCCUACGAGAGUAACAUGUUAUUGCCGUCAUCAUAGCGAAAAAACCGGCUUCCGGGUUGUAUUUACAGUUAGAGAUAAUAUGAAUCAUGUGAUUGCUACAGGACGUUCACCACCCAUUAUGAUAACAGACGAUCAUAAGAGUUCCAAGAUGCAACAAACCGCGGCUAGAAAAAGGUCACGUGCAGAUUUUGAUAUAUUGUCACAAUUCACCCAAAACCCAAUGAGAAGAAAUAACAUGUCUUGUGCUCAACAGCAACAAACGAACGUAUACACUAAAUUGCAAGAAAGAAAUGCCAUGGAUAAAACACCCAAUUUACCUAGACUACAUCGACUCAUACCAUCGGAAGGACCUAUUUAUGGUGGAUCCGAGGUAACUGUAUUAGGCUCAAAUUUUUAUGAAGGUUUGACUUGUUUAUUUGGUGAAAAUCCAGCUAUUCCCACACAUUGCUGGAGUACAAACACAUUACUAUGUAUACUUCCACCUGCUGUCACUGCCGGUCCUGUAGUUGUUUCGUUUAAGGAACAUCCACUAAUGUUGGAAGGACAGGAUGUGGUAUUAUUUACGUAUUUCGAUGAGAGUGACAGAGCCUUAAUGGAACUUGCACUUCAAGUAGUUGGAUUAAAGACGAUGGGAAAAGUAGAAGAUGCCAGGCAGAUCGCGAUGCGUAUUGUUCAAGGGGAUAAUUCGGACCUUUAUGACAAUGCACGUAAAUUAUUCCUAUCUCAUCUUGAGGAACUUAUUAUGACAUCCAUGAUUGCAAUACAAGACAUAAACGAUCAUGAUUACUUAUCUGUUCAUAAUCGAAAUGGGCAUGAUUUAUUACACUUGGCAACGAUUUGUGGAUAUAGUGGACUAGUUGAGACACUCGUGAAAUUGAAUUGUGAUGUAGAUCAGGUGGAUAAAAAUGGAUUUACAGCACUUCAUUUUGCAAGCUGGACUGGCAAAUAUGAGAUUGUACAAUUAUUGAUUACACGC